AUGACUUCCAAGUACGCCGCUGCCCACGUAUCAUCGGCUGGCCCUGGAGACUCGCGUCCAACGGCUUCCCAGAUCAUCGAGGAUGAGAAGCUCUCAGGCGCCCUUUCCUCCCAAACAAUUCUCAUUACUGGCUGCUCCGGCGGUAUUGGUGUUGAGACAGCCAAGGCUCUGGCUUCAACUGGCGCAAAGCUUUUCCUUACAGCCCGAGACCUGAAGAAAGCCAAUGAGGUCCUGUCAGAUAUUCUCUUGUCUGGCCACGUCGAGCUCCUCCAUCUAGACCUGACAUCUCUUGCCAGUGUACGUUCUUGCGCAGAUGAAUUUCUUCAAAAGAGCCAAGGAAGACUCAUCACUUUGAUUUGCAACGCUGGUGUGAUGAGGGUUCCAACCCUCAUAAAAACCAUGGACGGGUUUGAAACCCAGUUUGGCACCAAUCAUCUGGCGCACUUCCUGCUCUUUCAACUUUUGAAACCGGCACUUCUAUAUUCUGCUACCCCAGAGAGGAACUCCCGUGUUGUCAUGGUGUCUUCUGGCGCACACCGAUAUUCCGAAAUACAAUUUGGGGAUAUGAACUUCGAAAAGGGCAGCUACGACUCGGGUAAGGCUUAUGCCCAGAGCAAGACAGCCAACAUCUAUAUGGCAAACUCUAUCGAGCGACACUACGGUGAACGGGGUGUGCAUGGCCUCAGUCUCCACCCAGGGGUCAUUUUCACGGGACUGUAUAAAUAUGUUGAUCGACAGUCCGCUGCUUUAUUGGAGAAGGAUGAACUCAAAUCGGCCAUGAAAAGUUUGGAGCAAGGGGCAGCAACCACGGUUUUUGGGGCUGUGUCGAGUGAGUUAGAAGGUAUGGGUGGAAUAUAUUUGGAAAACUGCAUGAUAGGCUGGCCGCUGGAGAAGGGAGCGGGAAUGCUUGAUUCCGGAUACGAGGCACACGCCUUUGAUGAAGAGAAAGAGGAGAAUCUGUGGAAAGAGUCUUUGAAAAUGAUUGGUUUGAAAGUAGAAUAG